UCCAUCAAGCCUCUUCCACGUCCCCCGGUUUCUUUCUCUAAGGCAUGGAAUCACAGUCCAAAACUUGUAGACAAAUGUAGCUUUGCUUAUGUUCUGACAUCGGAUAAGCUAUACUUUGAUGCAGCCUAGUUAUUACAGAGUUCAGAUGUCUUCUUUGUUAAAAAAACACAAGGUGAUCAACUUUACCCACUCCGAUUCCCGGUUGGCUAACAAUGGCCUUUCCAAUCCUAUCCAAAGGCUCCGCUGCCGAGCCAUGUAUGAGGCUCUCAAGUUCACAGAAGAGAUUGAAAAUCUUGCCAGGAAGUUGGUUGAAAGGCUGAAGGAUGGUGGCAGCCCUUACAUUGCUCUUCAUUUAAGAUAUGAAAAGGACAUGCUUGCUUUUACAGGCUGCAGUCACAAUCUUACCAAAGCUGAAGAUGAGGAGCUUAGGCAGUUGAGAUACAGCGUACGUCAUUGGAAGGAAAAAGAGAUUAAUAGUGAAGAAAGGCGACGGCAAGGGAUAUGUCCGAUGACCCCAAGAGAGGUAGCUGUGUUCCUUGAAGCAAUCGGAUAUCCUUCGGAUACAAAGAUUUACAUCGUUGCAGGGAAGAUUUAUGGUCGGGAUGGAGUUAAACCACUUAAAGAGAAGUAUCCCAACGUACUAACCCAUUCAAAUUUGGCAACAGAAGAGGAACUGAUGCCUUUCAAGAACCACCAGAAUCAGCUUGCUGCCUUGGACUAUAUCGUAGCACUGGAGAGUGAUGUCUUUGUUUUCACCUAUGUUGGGAACAUGGCAAGGGCAGUCCAGGGCCAUAGGAAGUAUGAAGGUUUCCGGAAAACUAUCAGCCCUGACAAACUAAACUUCGUGAAAUUGAUUGAUCGAAUGGACAGAGGUGAAAUAUCUUGGGACGAGUUUGCCUCCAAGGUUAAGUUAUUGCAUGCUAACAGGACAGGAGGACCAGUUCCCAGAAGACCUGGAAACUGCUCGAAAACAGAGGAGAGUUUCUAUGCAAACCCAUACCCAGGUUGCAUUUGCCUAAAGCAAAGACGAAAAAGGAAAAAGUGUUAGAAUUAGAAGAUAAAAUCAUGCUCAACUUGGAGCCAAUGACAAGCAACCAUUGCUGUUUUAAGUUUAUCAACAGAUACCCAAUUGUACAUAAAGAGAAAUUUGAUAUGUUUGAGCUCAAGGGAGUCUGAGAAUUUUUAGCUUCUCCCCUGCUUGAGCUGAUUGAAGCAAUGGAAGGCCUUAGCUUUUA